AUGAAACUAAUUGCACGAACUUGUAGAAGAAAAGCUUUUUUGUACAUUCUGUUGCUUGGUGUUCUCAGCUCGUACUACUCAUCAGACAUUGAGAGUGUAGAGAAUAAAAUAGCCAAUUUGGCUAUUUACAGUGUUUUUUUAGCACCUGCAUCUUGGAAUAGUGUUAUAUUUCAGGCAUAUAUUACUAAAAGAUCACCGAAAGAGGCCAUGAGCAUUAGCAAACUAGUUAUAGAAAACAAUAUAAAACAGCUUAAGAGUAUGCUAAAGAAAACAUCAUCAAAAAAGCCAUUUAAGCAUUCAUUAAUAGAUCUUUUUAUUAAAUACAAAGAGGUAUACCUAAAAGACUUUUCAGAGCGAGACAAGCUGUUUGAAAGCAGUAUAAACUCUGGGCAGGCGGGAGAUAUGCAAAGAAAGCAGAUAGACAAUUAUCUGUCUCUUUUAAAUAAACUAAAAAAGGGAGAAGAAAAGCUUCUUUCUAGUAGCAUCAAGAAAAUAAUCCAAAUUACUGAAGAUAGGAGCACAAAGAAAGAGAUUUUUGAUGCGUAUAAUAAUGUGCUUGAAAAAACACUAAACUCGAUGAGUACCAACACCCCUGUAGCCAACACGCUAAAGAACACAACGCAAGAGUUUAUUACUAAAACCAAGGAGCAAUUGCUAGACAUAAAGACAAACAAGCACAACUUUAACUUAGAAAGAGCACGAUUCAAUCUUGGUGGUGCUAUAUAUACGCCAGGCCUUUUGGUGGAAAUCGCAGGAAAGCUGACCACUAGCGACAAAGAGAAGUUUGUUACUGAUUUGGUGCACUCUCUACUAUACCCCCUAAUACAGCUAAAGGAGAAAGUAAGCGGUAGCUCACCAGAAUCCACAAAAGAAGAGGUUAUUAAAUAUCUGCAGUCUGUUACAAACUCAAUUGAUGUAUACUUUUUGAAAAAAGAAAUCAGUUCAUCUCAAGAGCUUAGAUCUGAAUCCAUUUGUAAAAGAACAGAAGAAAUGCUGGACAAAAAGAAGAAGUCACAGAAAAUUGAUAAAAUACAAAUUGAAAACACUAAAAGGAUGGUUUCUACCUUGGAGGAAGCAAAUUCUUCUCUUUUCAAAGACUUUGUUAUACUAGACAGUAACAUAAUAUCCAAAUACACAGAAUACAUCAAAACGGGAGGAGGAGACCCUAAGCUUAAAGAAGAAAUAGAACUGUUUUUUGACCUGCCAUAGCCAAAAACAACUAUACUUAAAUAGCUCUAUUAAAAACUAAUAUGCACUUUAACAAAAGCACUCUCGUAUUUAUACCCAAAGUGCAUAGAAAGGUAUAAUAAAGAAAAAUCAAGCA